AACGACGGCGACGGAAGGACAUCAAAUGGUGACGACGACUGCCAGGGCGAGGCAACACAUUAUUACCCAUAGACAUGGAACCAAGUCUCUCCCGGGAGCCACGACCUACGAAAGAGUGCAGUGGGGAAACUUUUCCUAAGGUGAAGCAAAAUUGCUAAGCAAAAAACUUGCAAGUGAGUGACAUGGGACAAGGAAAUAUGUUUGUGUGUUUAGUUGUUUGCGGUUUUGAGAAAAUGGUGCACGAAGAAGUCCUCAGAGACCGCAUUUCGAGUGAACUGUAGGAACUGCACGAAAACUGCAGGCAAAAACCGCAACAAUCAUGAAUCGUUACCUGACGCUGAGCCAACUGGGGGAUGGCACGUACGGAACGGUUGUCCUUGGCCAACGCAAAGACACCGGUGAGAAGGUUGCCAUCAAGCGGAUGAAGCGGAAGUACUACUCCUGGGAGGAAGCCAUGAAUCUUCGGGAGGUUAAGUCCCUGAAAAAACUCUCCCACGCGAACGUAGUCAAGCUGAAAGAGGUCAUCCGCGAGAACGACGUUCUUUAUUUCGUGUUCGAGUACAUGCAGGAGAACCUCUACCAGCUGAUCAAAGACCGCGAGAAUCACUUCCCCGAGGCAACGAUAAGACUGAUCCUGCAGCAAAUCCUGACGGGUCUGGCGUUCAUGCAUCGGCAUGGAUUUUUUCACCGGGACCUGAAGCCGGAGAAUGUGCUGUGCUGCGGGCCGGAGCUGGUGAAAAUUGCCGAUUUUGGCCUGGCUCGGGAAAUCAGAUCCCGGCCGCCAUACACCGAUUACGUAUCGACGCGAUGGUAUCGUGCGCCGGAAGUGCUGCUGCACUCGACGCGGUAUGGAAGUGCAAUCGACCUCUGGGCGGUGGGAUGUAUCAUGGCAGAGUUGUACACAUUCCGACCACUGUUCCCUGGAUCAAGCGAGGUUGAUCAGCUGUUCAAAAUAUGCUCGGUACUCGGAACACCGGAUAAGAAUGACUGGCCCGAUGGACAUAAACUAGCAACAACGAUUCAGUUCCGUUUCCCCGAAUGUCCCAAAAUUCCCCUGGAAUCGCUGGUGAUUCGAGCCAGCACGUCUGGCAUCCAACUGCUAGAAGAUUUCCUUCUAUGGGAGCCAGAUAAACGACCAACUGCCCAGCAAUCUUUAAAGUAUCCCUACUAUGCGUCCGUAAAACAGCGAACUUCGGCAUCCAUUGUUAGCAAUGGAAACGUUCAACUACCGCAGAUUCAACAGAACGGCAAUGGAGUUCCCAGUGCUAGGAUAUCGAUCGUGGAUGCACCUCAAGUUGAAAAUGGAGGAAUUGCAAGCAGAUUCAGUGUUAAUCCCAACAAUGUGUCUGUGAACAAUGCAAACAUCAAUGGAAGUGUCUACAAAUCCAUCAGUAAUAGUGAACUGAAUGAAAUCAAUUCUAUGCUGAGCCUUUCACGGCUUUCCCAGAAUCCUUCGGUGACGGAAAAACGUACUUCGCUAGAUUAUGGAAAACUCAACGACAGUGCGAAAAGUAACGGGAAGUACCAGAGUGGAAUCAAUUACAGUGUGCUCAAUGAAAUGCUUAACAACUACAAUUUAGGCCUGAAUGGUAGCCUUGGUCACGGUAAUCAGCAUCAAGGUCGGCUAAAUCGGAACAAUAGUAUCACGAAAUCGAUUACCGAUCGAAGCGACAGUGGAGUGAACGAUAAUGGCAGUUCAGUGACGAGCUACUCAAUCAUUAAACCAGCAAUUGUGAAAAUCGAGGAAAAACCCUCGGAAGUGUACGUGGGUCGCAAAGGUGAAAAAGUGAACGAUAUUUACGUGACGAGAAAUUCGGGAAAUGUGGGCAGGGGCGGUGGAAAUCGAGCUGUCGAUAGUGAUGAUUCGAGUUAUUUCAACAAUGGAUUCUACCUACACAAACAGAACAGCACCUCAAAAAAUGAUUUAUUCAACGAAAGUUUUCUGAACGAAUCGAAAGUGUACAACGCAUUUUCCAAACAGCCUGUUUUGCAAUCGAGAAAGACGGACGAAGAAAUUAAGCCAAACAUAACGAAGAACCCUUCCCUGAAUCGAGGCUUACAGAACCACUUCAGUAGAAGCUGGGAGCCUGUUAAGGGUAACAGUUUUGAAGAUGACCUUGAAGGCAUUCUAGGGAGUCGAAUAAAGUCAACCAAGAAAUCCAACGGAGAAUUUAAACUGGAAGAUCUUUUCGGCACGGUUUCAUUCGGGAAGGAUAGUAAGAGUUCCAAGUACCCGAACACGGUACCAUUUGCCAAAGGUGCGAUGAAAAAUGGCGAUGAAGUGACGGAUAUUUUCGACAAUUCGAACUCCAAGCCGUCGCAUUCCAGCGCGAAUAUAGCUCCUAGGCGGAAAAAUCAGCAGGUUUUCGUUUCGAAUGGCAGUUACGCAACGAAUAAUGAGUUCAAUGGAGUGAAUGCAUCGUUCAAGCUUUUUCCCUGGGAAGAUGCUCCUCGAAAUCCACCUGAAAAGAAACACUGGGUUCCUGAUAGUGGAGUUUUGACCUACGUUGGACCCAGUGGAGAUGGAAAGGGUCGACCAGACUGGGCGGCCAAGUACCUCAGCAAGUAGGAUUCCCUACCGGCUUGUACAUUCAUCAUGCAGCGCUGUACAGUUGUUUUGGUUUUAGGUUAAGAACCCAUAUAUGUUCUCUAUACUUAGACUUAUGUUACCUUUAAUGUUGAAGUAGCGAGAUGAGAAAGGAAAAUCAAAAAUACAAAUCUGUGAUAGAUCAGUGCAUCGCUUAGAUUGGCCAUAUUGUCAAAUGGUCGCAGACACACGUAAACCUAUACGGCUGGGCGAGAUAGUUUCGUCAGUUUAUGCCUGAUUAAUUUCUGAUGUAGUUUAAUUGAAAAA